AUGGAUAUGUCCCGGGUCCAGCCCACAGACUGGAGCUCAGUCCAGCCCAGCUUCUCUCCGUUACUGCAGUACGAUGAGUCUCGGGAAGUACUCAACCACACCUUAAGCUUCCACAGCUCCAUAAUGCUUCCCUCCACUUUAAAUUCCCCCACUGCCUCCCUCAAUCCACCUCUCCCCUCUCUGCUGCCUUCCUCUCUCCUCAACCCCGCUUUAAUCCUCACCCCUUUACGCUCAUCCUCUCAACAGACGCCCACUUUUGACCAUGAUCCCUUGUCCUCCACCUUUUCUUUGAAGGACUUGGCUAAUCUGGAGAGCAUGCUCCUCUGGACUCUGCACGAGCCCAGCACCAUCGCUCUGACUGUCAUGUACUGCCUGUCUUUCAUUCUGGGAUUUGUUGGGAAUUUGAUGUCCCUGCGCGUCCUCACCAACAGGCGCAGCCGGCAGCUGGCGGGCGUCAGCGCCACGCGCAGCCUCCUGGUGAACCUGGCGGUGUGCGACCUGGCUGUGGUGCUGGUCUGCAUGCCCAUCACCCUGGGGAGCCAGAUCUACUCGGCCUGGGUCUACGGGGACCUGCUCUGCCGGGCGGUGCCCUUCACGCAGGCUGUUUCGGUCUCUGCUAGUGUGUUGACGCUAACUGUGAUCAGCGUGAAUCGCUACUACAGUGUCCGCUCUCCACUGAGAGCCCGCUCCAUGUUUACCCGCAGUCGAAUCUUGGCAACCGUCGCCGUGGUGUGGACGGUGUCUUCGAUCAUGUGCGCUCCUAUAGCCGUGAUGAACCGGCGCCGGGAGAUCAGCUUUGGGACGUUUGCCAUCUUGGUCUGUGAGGAGAAGUGGCCUCAGCAUCGCCUUAAACAAGGAUACAACGUGCUGCUGUUCGUGAUGCUCUACUGUCUGCCUGUGACAUUUAACCUCACUAUAGGCUUCCUGACUGGCAGGCGGCUUUGGGGAGGAAAAAAAUCCACGUUCGCUGAUCUGGAUCCUCGCAGCAAAGCUCUGCACGCCUCACGCCUCAAGAUGCGCCAGAAGAUCGCCAAGAUGGUGGUAUGCCUGGUGCUGUUAUUCGCCGUGUCGUGGCUGCCGCUCUACUUGGCUGACCUUUGGAUCGACUGCGAACAAAGGCCACCAUCUUGGCUCCUGCAGACGCGGCCGUUUGCUCAGUGGCUCGGCCUGACAAACUCCAGCCUGAACCCCAUCUGCUACUGUUUCAUCGGGGAUCUGUACCGCUCGGCCAAAGGGAUGCGGACGCGAUACUACCAGAAAGUGGCGUCUUUCUUCGGCUCCUCCACGUUCUCCAGCUCAGCGGCGGUGGCGUCUCCUUCCACGGUGAUCACAGACUCGAAAGGGACUUCUGCUGAGCGCCGCCAUAUUGCCGCAGCUGCUGUGGCGGCGUCUGCAUCCAUUGUUGCGGUCCCAAGGCUGUUGAGCUUGGCUCGAGGCCAUGGGCUCGGGCAGAUGGUCGGAGACAGUUCAGACGGCCGAGUGGGAUCUGACCACAGCAUCUCAGACUGGUGUCGCUCCAGUCCCAGCGUGUGUGACAGCUCCUUGUUCCCGUGCCAGCUCCAAAUACCACAGCUCUCUGUAGAAAGAGCGGACUUCCUGCCCACAAGAAGACACUCCGUCAAUGAGAACGCAGGAUCAUUACCUUUGGGAAUCGAGUCUGUGGAAAUAGGUUUCCUGCCUUUGAGGAGGCAUUCCGGUGAGAGAAUAUAUGGUCCGUCAGCUGAUAACAAAGACAUCAUUACCAUGGGCAGGGACGUUCUCGGUUUUUCUGGGCAGCACAGAAGCAAAACAUCACAAACCUACUUUCAAGUCGAAGAAAGGGAGGAUGAAACAACCGCUAUGACCAGCCUUUGAAGGCUAGUAUCAGCAGGGAAAUAUUAUUGAUUUGUCCUUCCUAUAGGAUGCGAAACACACACAGCUUCUGAUUAAUUCUGCAGUAGACACAGUGUUGGUUAAUCCCUUACAAAAGCCACUGUUUGUAUGGUGGAUAAACUGAUCUGGUCUGCACACUACUUCUUUCAUUGUGCAGUAUUCUCCUCGUACCACCAAAGCACAGGGGCUUUAGGAUCAAUGCUUCGACCAAUGAGCUCAUGCUGACGAUGGCAGGUGGAACGAGCGGUGACGGAGAGAAGCCUCCGGGGGAAGAGCCAUGUUUUAAUAGCCUCCGGCUGGUUAUCAUUAAAAAAAUCUCAUUGAAGCAGUGCAUCAUUACACGCAAGUCAUACCAUAAAUGAUUGAGCUGCAAGUCACAGUCGCGUCUAGCAUUGGCUCAAGACCAUAACCCAGCAGGACAUAUCAGUGUAAGGAGUUUAUUUGCUUCUCUUUCUUUCUUAAUGAUAAAGAAGGAAAAUACUGUAUCGGAGAUUCUGACAAUUCUCGUCUUUGCAGGAUACUGUCACCAUCAUCUUCUGCAGUCUGUGAUGAUGUGUACUUUAGCAGCAGUUGUUCGUGCGUGCAGUCAUACAGGCGAUUUGAAUGAAAUAGUAUAUUAAUCAGAUCAUCUUAAACCUACCUUAUAAUGAGUGUUUUUAUUUUUCUUAUGAACUGUGAUAUUGUUAUUACCGGCAGGAAGGUAUGAAAAAACAUGUAACAGAUUUCCAAAGCUAGAUGAGGUUGUCCUAAACAAGCUAGUUUUCAUAAUUCAAAGGAACUUUUAAGGGUCAGUUACCCCUAAUAAACCAAAAAAACUGAAUUUCUCCUUCGCCUCAAGUGGUUUCUAAUCAUGAGGAUUCAUUUGACCUGGUGUUGAGAUAACGUUUCUCUAAUUUUGAUGAAUGCAAUUGUCGUUAUGGUUCUCAGAGGAUUUAAUAAUUUCCAAAACCAGUGUCCUAGCCAUCUCAAUUUCACCUCAUCAUUCAGUCUGGCACUGUUCAUAAUAGUCUUUUUCUGCCUGCUGUGUCUGGGGAUAAUUUUACCCAAACUAAUCAAUCGUUAAUUAGAUAUUAUCCUCAGUCAACAGUGGGGUAGUGUUUGCAGGAAGAAGUUGACAUGUUUUCAUGCGGAUUUAAGAAGUAUGCCACUUUAGCUCUGUGGAUUUUUCUUGUAAACAAAGUCCCCCAAAAAAAACACUGUCUCUUUGAAGCCUUAAAAAUUGGCUUAUAAAAUCCAUCUGCAAACCGGAUUGUUUUUUACUUUAAUCCUACAUUGUUUACAUCUACGUUUAUUUACUAGCAGACUGUUUCUUUGACAAUAUAAUCUGCCAUUUCUGCUUUAUCAGAUAUACGGUGCAUGCAAUCUACCACGGGAGUUACCGCGGUGUCCCAGUGGUCUUUUUCUUUCUUGAUAAAACCUGCACGUUGAUGUGUGUUUAGGUGUGUUACUGCUAACCGUAAAUCAGUGUAAACCUGUGAGACACACACGAAACAGAAAUCUCAAAACCAAGACAAAUUAAACAUGUCUAGAUACCACUAAAGGUUAGUCAAACAUGGUUGCAAUGUAAGGGAGCUGACCUGGAAAUGCGAUAUAUCAAACUGGCUGUACCAUGAAUAUCUGUAUAACAGUUUUAGGAAUUGAUAACAGGAUAGUGGUCGGCUCGCUGGAUCGCUGCCUGUUACACCGGUAAAUGCCUUGUUGAGUAAAGGACUGACACGGGGUGCAGUAAUAGCUUUAAAGGUUGAAGAAAUAAAACACACACACACACACACACACACACACACACACACACACACACACACACACACACACACAGAGGUGGUGAAUAGCAUGAACUGCUGUGACAUCAAGCUGCUAAUCACACCCCCCGCAGCAAAAGUGAAGCGGUGCAACACUUAAGGCAUCAAAUUGUGUUGAGACUGUCCUAUUUAUGUCAUUGGAUAACGUUGCUUUGUACCUUAGAACAUCUCUAUGCCAUAAACUGUGACCGUGUCUUUCAUCUCUCCUUUCUUUCUUUACUUUCAUCUACCUCUCUCUUUAUCAGUUUUGCUGACUGAGGACAUGUGUAAUUAAAAUUGUGCAUUUGGUGUUUCAUUAAAAAUGUUU